AUGAAAUGUGGCAAAUUCAUCAAAGAUAAAAAAUUUGGAAUAAUACAGUCUCCCGGCUAUCCAUUUAAUUACGAAUCAUCUCUCGAAUGUGUUUGGGUUAUCAGGGUCCAGAAAUACUGGAGAAUAUAUAUGAGAAUGGAAGAAUUGGAUUUAGAAGGAGGAUUAUCGGGUUGUAACACAGCGAAUGUUAAAAUAUAUGACGGCUACAAAACAUUAAUUUACACCGAUAUCGCGAUUCUUAAUAUGUGCGGAAAUAUAAGAUAUUUUCAAAACGAGUAUGAUAGGUCAUUUUUGACAGAUAGGAAUUUAGCUGUUGUCAGAUUUAAAACAUCCCCCGAAGCGAAGGGCAUCAAUCCAGGUUUCAAACUAAGAUGGGUCAUGGUUUCUUUAAAUGAUUCAUGUACGGGAAUCAUUUGCAAAAAUAGUGAAGCCUGUAUAGCUAAGAAAACUGGUCCUUGCAGAACACCUACAAAGUUUUGUGUACCCAAAUCUUUGAAGUGCGAUGGGGUACAACAUUGUCCUGGGUCGGAUAAUUCUGACGAGUUUAAAUGUUAUAUGCAAACUCUCUUAUUAUUGGCAGUCUGUGUUCCUAUUUUAGUUAUCAUCGUCAUCUCAACUGUUUUAAUUUCCAAAAAAUAUUAUAACUUAUGCAGUACUAUUGAAUAG